GCCUCAGUUCCGCCUGCCAGAGUUUGCUCCACUAAAGGGGCAAAUUUAGAAAUGUUUGGAUUCCAGCCAGUAAAGGUGUUUAGACUUGCCUCUACUUGCUAGAUAGUGAAGAAGCAUCUCAACAGCUUGAUGCCCGCGUGCCAGCUAAUUAAUAUUGAUCCAGAGCGCCCAAGGACUGAGUGCUGCACUCCGACCACUAGCUCAGUGCCUUGUAGCUAAUAGUAAGGCAAAACAAAUUACCUCACAUUUCCAAGCCUGUUUCCUGAUCUCUAAAUGAAAUUAAUAAUAAUAGCUACUUCGAAGGACUAUUGUGAGAAUUAAAUAAGGUAAUUCAUAUAAAGGGAUUAUAGCCCUUAGCAUACAGUAAACAUUUAAGAAAUAGUAGUAAUUCUUGUUAUCACACAUUGCGUAGUAGAAAGAACCCUGGAUUUACCAGGUGCGUGAACAUGGAUCAUAGGCCUGGCUCUGACCUAGAACCUGCUAGCUGUGUGAGUUUAGGUAGUUCUCUAACCCUUUCCUUCUCUCAGUUGGAGGUAUCAUGUGCCUGAUGAUCUUAAUGGCCCCCUUGAGGGCUAUGAAGCAAUAACCAUCAGCACUGGUCACUGGCUUUCUUAGCAAGCUCCCAGAGUGUUCAGUACCUACUGAGCAGGUCCCGCUGAGCUCCAGGGUCAUAGGUGUGAUUUUUGUGGUGUUGAAUUUCUUUGAAAAAAAUUUUUUUUGAACUCUGGAGCCCAGGCGGCAGGGUAGAGUUCCUGUUCUCCCACUUUCUAGUUGGCUGACCAUGGGCAAGUUACUUAACUUCUGGGCCUCAAUUGUAUGUGCUGCAAAUAGUGCACCUCCCUCAUAGGGUGGCGUGAGGAUCAAGGAGUCUGUGUAUGUAAAGUGCUUAGAACAGUGACUGGCAUGUAGUAAGUGUCCAGUAAGUGUUUAUUAUUAUUAUUAUUACUUAGAGGUCAAAUAUAGAGAAGUUACAUUUUAUUUUAAUUGAAAUGAUGUUAUAUUAUUCAAGGAAAAUAUUGGAACAAAUUGACAAAAUGCAAAGAAGACAAUGAAUGUUGAGUGCCUAAACUUAAAGGACCUACAGCAUAGGCAACAAAAGUGUUAGCUGGUGCUGUUAUUCUCUUCCAGAGCUGCUGCACAUACAUACAUAUUUUUCAUGUAGUUGUAAUCAUGUGCAGAUAAUUGGUUUUUUUCUUUAAUUUCAUGCUUCUGUGUGGUCCUCAUAGCUACUAUAAUGACUGUGGCAUUCCAUCAUGUUAAUGUUGCAUAACUUCAACAUUCAUAUUGAAUAUUGAAAUUGUUUCCCUUUUUUUGCUGGUACCAGUAAGGUAGCAGUAAAUAACCUCAUUAAUAUAGUUGAGUGAUUUCCUUAGGAUAAGUUACCAGUGUAAAGUUCCCAAGACAGGAACAUAGAAGUAGCUUUAAGGAUUUCUUGCCAUGUUGUUUUCCAAAAGAGAUAUAUCUGUUAACAUUGUCAUGAGUAGUAACAGAAAUUUACAGUCAAUCACAUGCACAUCAGCAUUGAAUAUUGUCAUCUUAAAAUUGCUCCUCUUAUAAAACUUGAACUAUACUUAUCUAAUGCCAUUGUGAUGAGUUAUCUGAUGGCAUGGGGCUCAGGGAAAGGUUCUAGGAACUUCAAAAGCCAUUAUCAGUGCUGAGUCCAUUUUUGUUAUAAAAUUCUGAUUUCCCACAGUCCUUUGCUGUAGGCUUGACUCAGUGUCAUCCAAGUGUUGAGUUUCAUAGAGAAGAGACAUGAGGCUUCGUUUAAGGAUACGCACUUACCAUCAUGGCCUUUUCUUCUGCCUCCUAGAACAACGAUUAUUAAACACUUUAAUUUCCUCACAUGACAGAGACAGAGCGAGCCCAGAAGUAUUAUUAGCAUGGUCAGUGUAAUACUGGCUCUUAGUCAGUGUGACCAGUGACCCAGCUCUUCCUCUUCACUGCUUCUGUUGAGGGCUGACUCAUUCCCGUUUUCCCCAGCGCUCACACAUGAUGGAAGCUCCAACUCAGUGGUUAUUAAGAUGUAUAUACAGUAUUAAACAGCUUGCUGUGAGGGCAGUUUGGAUCAACUAGCGCAGCACAUCGGUGUGUUAGAGUAAUGGAUGAAGACCAUGUCUAGUCCUGCUUAUUAGCAAGGUUCGAAGCUGUGUUGGGAUAUAAUAAUAAAUAGGUUCAGGGUAGGAGAACAAGCUAAGUUAUUUAACAUGCUUUUGGAAUCACAGAAAUCUUAAGCUAGAAGGGAACAGUAAAAAUCUUCUAACACGAUUCCCCAAUUUUACCAAUGAAGAAAUUGAGGCUUAGGGAAAUGAAGUGACUUGUCUGAAGUCCUGCAGUUAGUUUGUAGCUUUGUGUCUCCUAUGCUAGGAUAGCAGUGUAAUGAUGUAAUAAUGUAUGUAAUAAAACAACAAAACAUAUGUUAUGAUUACAUAUUUUAUAUUUAUAUUUACAUGUUAUAGAAUACUUGUUCAGUAUGUUGUGUGUGCAAUACAUUAUAUAUUGUAUCUUAUAUGUAAUAUGUAAUGUGAUACAAUAAUACCAUGUUGGAAUAUAAUAUUAGAGAAAUACCAGUGGUUUCCUGUGUGCCAGGCAUGGCACUAAAAGACUGUGUACAUUAGGGGCUUCCAUUUGUGAGCAAUUGAUAUGUAAUUCAAGCAUCCCAUAAAUUGGAUUUUUAUUAAGGGAAAGAUCAGAUGUAGGAAAUGGAAAUCAUAAGUGUUAAGGAAUUUUUCUCAUGAGAAAUGUGGGGUGUUGUUUUGGGUGUGGGUAAGAAAAGGGAAGGAAACUUGGCUCUGUCAUCAGAUAUCUCCAAAUUUAGAACAAUGUCUAUCGCUAGCCAUUGGCUUUAGGAUAUGCUUUACCCUGGGAACCUGCGUAAAAUACAUUUCCGUCUUUGGCUAUUUCUUUUCCAGCUGUAUAGAGGGUGUCGCCGUUAUUUAAGAUAAUAGGAAUGGCCAGUGGCCACUUAAUAUCUAAUUACCUAUCAAAUUUCUCUUCAGUGAAGGCAUUUGGUUUCAGAAGUCACUGUGUGUCACAAUAUCGGGAUGACUGUUUCAGGGGACCUUGUGGACUGCAGCCAAGGAGUUUGCUCCUAGGGGUCAGUAAAUUUCUUAAAGGGCCAGAUAGUGAAUAUUUUAGGUUUUGUAGGGCCAAGAAGCAAAAUGUCUACUGUUAUGUAGACACUAUUUAUUUAAAUGGUUUCAUUUAAAAUGAAACCAUUUAAAAAUAUGAAAACCAUUCUUUACUUGUAAGCUGUGGGCAGAAGUUUGCCAACCUGUAACCUGUGGUUUUUGGUUUGGGUAUUCUCUUCAGUCGUCGUUACUCUGGAAAUCAGAAGCAGGUCACUCACAGUUACAAAAGGUCAAAGAAUCUUCUAAUUUUCUGGCCAGAAGAGGCCUUAAAUAUCAUCCUCCAGCUGCCUCAGGUUUGUGAUUGGCAUUGCUGGCUGAGUGGUCUCUAGUCUGUCACGCACACAUUCAGGUCUUCAUCUGUGAAAAUGGUCUUUCCUGUCACUAUAAUAAGGAAAAAAUAGAUGAUGGAAGGUUUGAAGAAACUGAUGGGAUUGUCUGUAGAGGCUUUCAGUAUUUUUCCAUUACCAUUAAAUGGGACACAGUACUAAAAAAAUCCAUUGUUUCUAUGUUCAUUGAUUGAUCAUCCAACAAAUAUUUAUUGAAUAGGUCCUGUGUCAGGCACUGUUCUAGGCACAGGGGGAUACCUAAUUUUUAAAACAUGGCUACCCUCUGGAAUUCAUAGUUUAUAUAUAAAUAAGUAAAAUAUAUAGACUUUUGGGUGAUAGGCAUCAUAUAGAGAAGACAGGGAAAGGGAUAGGAUGUCCAGGGCCAGGGAAGAGGGUUGUUAGUUUUGCAUAGGAUUGAAAGGGAGGGAGUGCUCAGAGGUGAGGAACAGCCUGAGUGUUGCUGAUGUCUGAGCAAGAGCACUCUAGAAGGAAGUGCGGAGGGCCUGGAAUGGGAAUGUGUGGCUGGAGCAGAGUAGACCGGAGAGAGUGACAGCAGAGGAGACCAGGCCUUGAAGGUGAUGGAAAGGACUUUGAAUGGAAGAACUAAUGGGAUUUGCUGAGGGAUUGGGUAUGGCGUGGGACAGAGAAAGGAGUCCAGGAUAUUUUUCGCCUGUGUAUCUGGAAGAUUGGCAUUACAGUGCAGGUUGGGGGGCACAAUCGGGAGCUAUGUUUGACACAGAUGGAGUUUGAGAUGUUUGUUAGCGAUCUAUAGGGAAGUGGCCAUUAGGCCAUGAGUUUUAAAAUCUGUAGUUCAGAAAAGAAGUCUAAGCUUUUUUGAGAGUAGUUGUCAGUUGACAUAAAGAUGGUGUGUAAAGCCAUGAGACUGGGCGGGAUUACCAGGGAAGGGAGUUAGAGAAAAGAAGGGGCCUGAGGCCUGAGCCCCAGAACACUCCAGCAUUAGGAGGUAAAGGAGGUGGGAGGACCAGUGGAGGCCUAGAAAGACCUUCCAGGAUGGAGGGGGAAACCAGGAGGCUGGUGUCCUAGAAGCCAAGUGCAGAAAGUGUUAUCAAGGAGGCGGCAGAGAGGGAGCCAUGGUGACACAUCAUGCGAUUUGGGUCAAGGCACCUGAGGACUGGUGGUCAUUGGGGACCGUGAUAAGAAGUUUCAGUGCAGUGCUGGGGCAGAAAGUAUAAAAGAGAGUUGGCGGAGAGAAAUUAGCUACAGGGAGCACGGACACUUCUUUGAGGAGUUUUGCUGUAAGGGCGAGCAAAGACACAAGGUGGUAGUUGCUGAGGUGGUGGGGGUCAAGGGAAGGUUUUCAUGUAGGAUGAGAUAAUGGCACAAUUGAGUGCUGAUGGGAAUGAUCCAGUAGGGAAGGAAAAAUCAAUGAUGACGGAGAGAAUUGCUGGACAAGAGAGAAGUUGUAAUUAUCAUAGCUUUGUUUCACUGAGUAUCACUCUAGCAGUCAGUCAUUGCUGACAAGUCACCCCAGUAUUUAGGAGACUUAAAUAACAACCAGGCAUUUAGUUUAUGUUUCUGCAGUUGGCAGGUUAGGCUAGACUGCUGAGCUCCAUUUCUCACCUGGGGUUCCUCAAGUGUCUGGAGUCAGCUGCUGAAAAGGCUAGUCUUUAUGCCUCCAGCAGGCCAGCCCAGGGUCACUCACCUGGAGACUGGCAGGUUCCCAGAGAGCAGGAGACUUACAGGGCGCCCUACAGCCCCAGGUCAGCACCAGCACUGUGUCACCUCCACGUCAUUUCUUUGGGUAAAGCACAUCACAGGCCAGCCCAGAUCCAAGGAGCAGGGAGGGAGAGACCCCUCCCUUCUGCCCCCACCUCUCAUGAUGGGACACUGUAAGGUCACCUUGCAAAGAAGUAUGUAUACAAGGAGGGGAAUCGUUUGGCCGUUUUGCAAACUGUCUGUCACAGCUUUCUGUGAGCUGAGCAUCUUGUAUUUGACCCUCACUAGAGUUCUUUGUGGUAGGUAGUAUUUGUUUCACAGAUGAGAAAACAGAGUCACUGAUGGUCUAGCAAGUUCCUCAAGAUCACGCAGCUAGUAAGUGGCAGAAUUAGGACCCAAACCUAACCUCUCUGAUGUCAAAAUCCCUUUCUUCUCUAUUCUAUCUUCCUGAUAGUGACUGUUUAUAAGAGCAGAGUGGAAUGAUGCCUCCUCGCUUUUCUUGUUAGGCACAGGAAUAAUUUUUUUGUAGAUGAUUAUCAUCUCAUAACCAGAAUGGACAGAGGGAGCUGAUUAUCUUGUGUGGCUUGCAUGUUUACUGCGUGGGAUUGGACAAAUGUAUUUAUUAGAAUCCCAUUGAGGUUACAGUGGUGUGUCAUUAGGGCUUCUUUUGACACAUAUUCAUGUCUCUGCUCUCAGCUGGUCCCUAAGUGCCCUUUGACAGUCUUUCUGCUUGUCCUUAGUAAGCUGACUGUCCUAUCCGCAUAGUCACUCAAGUCCCCCUUCAAACCCUCCUUGGCUCCAGGCCUUCUGACUUACUGUGUCUGCCUUUAUCCUUGCUCCUCUGUCCCUGAUAAGGGGACGUCCUGCCUCUAGUCCAAGAUUAGCCUCCUCUGCUCAAGUCUCCCUCCCUUCAGAAUCUGUUGUAAUCAGCAUCUGUCUCCUCCACCAACCGGGCUUCAAGCUUUUCAAUAGCAGAAUCCAAAAAGUGGAAAGAUUUGAGUUAGCGUCAGGGAACUUUGGCUCUGCUGCUGGUUGUGUAGCCUUGGGCAAGUUGCAUCUCUGAGGUUCAUGAGUUUGUGAAGAGUGGACAAGCUGGAUCAUCUCAGAGGCCAAUCAGGGAAAGGGAGACUUCUUUAUGUCCACAUAGGAAACUACUGGCCUAGAGCUCAAUUCUGUGUGCAGUGGUUAUGGUGUGUCCUGAGUCCCGAUCUCUGUGUCCUUCAAUUUGCCUGCAAGAGCUGCAGCAUUCUCUUUGCCCUCCUCAUUAGAGUGUCAAAACUUUGUUGGCCCCGGACUGGAGCAGCUGCUGGCCACUGAACUUGUUUAGGAAGGCAGCUGGAGAGGCGGCCUAUCUUGUGUUGGUUCCACAAUAUUAGAAAAGAUGACCUUUGGUUGGAAAGCCCAGACCUCAGUAAAAAAUAAUGUUUAGAAACUCUCUUUGGGUAGAAGGAGCACAUCAGUGAGUCAUUAGGUUCAGUCAAGCAUUUCAGGUCUCUAUAACCUUGCUUAUAUAGGGAGCCCGGAGCUUUGCCCUUCUUAAAGUCCCUGGAUUGGGAUCCCAGCAAGCGGAGUGUCAGGGAGGGAGGGACGGAGGUUGGCUCAUGGAGGAGAGGCACGGGCCACGCUGAUGCUCAGGCAUGAGAUUCGGGAUGCAGAGUCGGUUUUCAUUUUUAAUGUAGUUGGCCAUAGCAGUAAGUAGUCCUGCUGUUUAUUUAUCAUGUGACUUCUUGGGAAGUUACUUAGUUUCUGUCAGUCUCAAUUUGCUCAUCUGUAAAGUGAAGGCAGCUAAUGAUACCUGCUGCUGUAGAGUGUGAGGAGGAGUGAAUACUUGGCAAUACUUGGCAUAAAGUUAGCACUUGAUACAUUUCAGCUGCAAUUGUUAUUAUGUAAACUUCAGGCUUUGUUGUGUUUAUGUUGUAAAUAACAUUGGUUAAAGAUUUUCCAUACUUUCAGGAUCGCUGCAUACUUUCAAGAUGUGCCAUUGUAGUAUUUCUUACUCAUUUAGUCAUUCAUUCACUGAGUUUGUAUUUAUCAGGCACCUACUUAUGGGCAAGGAACUGUUGAUUAUUUUCUCUCUGUUCAGGUUAUGAUGAGUUGUUCAUUUCUUAGUGGUUGCCAUUAUAUUACAAUUUUCAGAGCUACAUUUACUGAACAGUAGAAUUGCUCACUUGGGGGUUUAGAUUCUAACGUCAGAACAUUUCAUAGAGUCAGAAUUACUCUUGGAAAAUCCCGUAAAUUGUCUGUAGUAUACAGUCUACAUUGGGGGUCAUCAAACUUUUUCUGUGAAGAGCCAGAUGGUAAACAUCUUAGGCUUUGCAGGUCACACAUAGUCUCCGUCAUAUGUACUUCUUCAUUUUCUUUUUUAUAACCUUUUAGAAUGUAAAAUCCUUUUGUGAGCUCUGAGUCCUUCAAAAACAGUCCUUGGUCUAUAUGAGCAGACUGUGGAAGGCCCUCUCCAAGGUGGCACAGUGACCUCCACCUCCUAGUGCUCACACCAGGUGCAGUCCCCUCCCAUGCUGGGUCAUAGCUGAUCCCCGUGACCAGCAGAAGACAGCAGAAGUCAUAGAAGUCAUUGUGGCUUCUACCUCCUUUUCUCUCCAGUAUCCCCUGCUCUGGGGCAGACCAGCUGCCAUGUGAGGAGAGGCCACAGGGUGAGGAUCUGCGGCCUCCUGCCAAUGGCACGUGGUAAGCUAAGCAGUCCUGCUGCGUAUUUAUCAUGUAACUUCUUGGCAGAUCCUCCAGCCCAGUGAAGCCUCAGGUGACUGCAGCCUUGGCCAACAUCUGGACUACAGCUUCAUGAGAGACCGUGAGCUAGAACUGCCCGGCUAGUGUGCAUCACUCUGCCCAUAAGACUCUCAGCGAUCUCAUCUCUCUUCCUUCACCAUGAAGCUGAUGGACAAAUUCCACUCGCCUAAAAUCAAGAGAACGCCGUCAAAGAAGGGAAAACCAGCUGAGGUGUCUGUGAAGAUUCCAGAGAAGCCUGUGAACAAAGAGGCAACAGACAGAUUUCUACCAGAGGGCUACCCUAUCCCCUUGGAUCUGGAGCAGCAGGCAGUAGAAUUUAUGUCCACCAGUGCUGUGGCUUCCAGGUCUCAAAGGCAGAAGAACCUGAGCUGGCUGGAAGAGAAAGAGAAGGAAGUUGUCAGUGCCUUGCGAUACUUUAAAACCAUUGUGGACAAAAUGGCUAUUGAUAAGAAGGUACUGGAGAUGCUUCCAGGGUCAGCCAGCAAAGUGCUGGAAGCCAUCUUACCCCUGGUGCAGAGUGAUCCUCGCAUUCAGCACAGCUCAGCCCUCUCCUCCUGCUAUAGCCGUGUGUACCAAAGUCUUGCCAACCUCAUCCGUUGGUCUGACCAAGUGAUGCUGGAAGGAGUGAACUCGGAAGAUAAAGAGAUGGUGACCACCGUGAAGGGCGUCAUCAAGGCUGUGCUGGACGGAGUGAAGGAGCUGGUCAGGCUGACCAUCGAGAAGCAGGGCCGGCCCUCGCCCACGAGCCCAGUGAAGCCCAGUUCCCCGCCUGGCAAGCCUGACGGCCCGUCUGAGCUCCCCCUGUCAGACCGUGAGAUGGAGAUCCUAAACAAGACGGUGGGGGCGUCACAGCCCGCCGAGUUCCUCCCGGAUGCCACAGACGAAGAGGUCGCGCCCCCCAAGCCCCCUUUACCUGGUAUUCGGGUGGUUGAUAACAGUCCUCCCCCAGCAUUGCCACCCAAGAAAAGACAGUCGGCACCAUCCCCUACCCGAGUGGCUGUGGUGGCCCCCAUGAGUCGAGCCACCAGUGGCUCCAGUUUGCCUGUUGGAAUUAAUAGGCAGGAUUUUGACGUUGACUGUUACGCACAGAGGCGACUGUCCGGAGGCAGCCACUCGUACGGCGGGGAGUCACCCCGCCUCUCCCCCUGCAGCAGCAUAGGCAAGCUCAGCAAGUCAGACGAGCAGCUGUCCUCUCUGGACAGGGACAGCGGGCAGUGCUCCCGGAACACAAGCUGUGAAACACUAGAUCACUAUGAUCCUGACUAUGAAUUCCUCCAGCAAGACCUCUCCAACGCAGACCAGAUACCUCAGCAAAUGGCCUGUAACCUUAGCCCGCUGCCGGAGUCCUUGGGGGAGUCUGGGUCUCCGUUUCUUGGCCAUCCUUUCCAGCUGCCUCUUGGCAGCUGUCCCCAGCCCGAGGGGCCCUUGGCCCCAGGGCAGCCAACAGACACGCCGCCCGCCCUCCCCGAGAAGAAGCGCAGAAGUGCGGCCUCCCAGACCACGGACAGCUCUAGCUGCAGGGUAUCCUACGAGCGGCACCCCUCACAGUACGACAACAUCUCCGAGGACGACCUGCAGAACCCAGCCCCGAUCCAGUCCGUACCCUACACGCCCUUUGCUGCUGUUCUCCCAUUUCAGCAAGGAGGUUCCUCAGCCCCUGUUGAAUUUGUGGGUGAUUUCACUGCUCCUGAAUCAACAGGUGACCCAGAAAAACCACCUCCUCUGCCAGAGAAGAAAAACAAACACAUGCUGGCCUACAUGCAGCUGCUAGAGGACUACUCGGAGCCACAGCCCUCCAUGUUCUACCAGACGCCGCAGAACGAGCACAUCUACCAGAAGAAGAACAAGCGCCUCAUGGAGGUUUAUGGCUUCAACGACUCCUUCAGCGGGGGGGACUCCAUCCAGGAGCUGGCGCCACCGCCUGCCCUGCCCCCCAAGCAGCGGCAGCUGCAGGCCUCCUAUGCUGCUUCUUCCUUCUCCUCUGUCUCCUACUGUGUCCAGCAAACUAAAGUGGCCUUCACCCCCGAGGACGGCAGUGCCACUCAGGGCCUCAGUGUGUCCGUCUCUAACUCCUUUCUCAGCCGGCACGGCAGCUUGCCCGUGCCCUCGUACAAAUCUGUGUUUAGGUCCUACUCCCAGGAUUUCGUGCCUCACCACCAAGCUUCCGUUCAACCUUUCCUCCCGCCUACCUCCUCUUCCUCUCCACAUUUCCCACCUGUCCACCAGUCUCAGAGCUCUGACUUAGCGGUGCCAGCUGUAGCCAGUCUGCCGCCCAGCACCGUGGACGGGCCUCUCUCAUCUUCCCAGGAGAGCAGCUUUCAUGGGAAUACUGUCUGCCUUCCUUCCGAAACCUCUUUCACUGACUCGAGUGAAAACGCCAGUGAGGAAGCUGGUGAGGGUGAAUAUGUCAAUCUGUACUCCUCUGGCCAGAGCAGCGAGGAGCUGGCUCCCCCUCGAGGAGAAUCACCAGCCGGGAAAGAUGGGCAGCCCAGAGAUCCCUCAGCGGCCGGCACCAUACCUGGGAAGGACAGCAGAGAUGGCAGUGAGAGGGGCCCAAAGUCACCAGAUGCUCUGGAGUCGGCCGAGUCGGAGGAGGAAGUGGAUGAACUGUCCCUCAUUGACCACAAUGAGAUUAUGGCCAGGCUGACGCUCAAGCAAGAGGGCGACGAUGGGCCAGACGUCCGUGGAGGAUCAGGGGACAUCUUACUGGUCCACGCUACAGAGACGGACAGGAAAGACUUGGUGCUGUACUGCGAGGCCUUCCUGACCACCUACAGGACCUUCAUCACCCCAGAGGAGCUCAUCAAGAAGCUGCAGUACAGAUACGAGAAGUUCUCUCCGUUUGCCGACACGUUCAAGAAGCGAGUCAGCAAGAACACGUUCUUCGUGCUGGUACGGGUGGUGGACGAGCUCUGCCUAGUGGAGUUGACAGAGGAGAUCCUGAAGCUGUUGAUGGAGCUGGUCUUUCGCCUGGUAUGCAACGGGGAGCUCAGCCUGGCCCGCGUGCUCCGGAAGAACAUCCUGGACAAGAUGGAGCAGAAGAAGCUGCUCAGGUGUGCCAACUCCGACCAGCCACUGGCAGCCAGGGGGGUAGCAGCCAGGCCGGGGACCUUGCAUGACUUUCACAGCCAUGAAAUAGCCGAGCAGUUGACACUGCUGGACGCCGAGCUCUUCUAUAAAAUAGAGAUUCCUGAAGUUUUGCUUUGGGCAAAAGAGCAGAAUGAGGAGAAGAGUCCCAACUUGACCCAGUUCACGGAGCACUUCAACAACAUGUCCUACUGGGUCCGCUCGAUAAUCAUGUUACAGGAAAAAGCCCAGGACAGGGAACGGCUGCUCUUGAAGUUCAUUAAGAUCAUGAAGCACUUACGGAAGCUGAAUAACUUCAACUCCUACCUGGCCAUCCUCUCCGCGCUGGACUCGGCGCCCAUCCGCAGACUAGAAUGGCAGAAGCAGACCUCAGAGGGCCUGGCCGAGUACUGCACGCUCAUCGACAGCUCGUCCUCCUUCCGGGCCUACCGGGCGGCCCUCUCAGAGGUGGAGCCCCCCUGCAUCCCGUACCUGGGGCUAAUCCUGCAGGACCUGACCUUCGUGCACCUGGGGAACCCAGACUAUAUCGACGGGAAGGUGAACUUCUCCAAACGCUGGCAGCAGUUCAACAUCCUCGACAGCAUGCGGUGCUUCCAGCAGGCGCAUUACGACAUCCGGAGAAACGACGACAUCAUAAAUUUCUUCAACGACUUUAGUGACCACCUGGCUGAGGAGGCCCUAUGGGAACUCUCUCUGAAAAUUAAACCCAGGAACAUAACAAGGAGGAAAACAGACCGGGAAGAAAAGACCUAGGAGCAGGUGCCAGGAUGGAGGCACGCGCUUGGGGGCGCAGAGCAGCUCCAGGACCAGAGUGCCCUGGGGACCUAUCGGGGCUGCAGCACUCCUGGCCCCAGAGCCACGAGGCCAGGCCUGGCUGAGCCAGCAGGGGCCUGGAGCCUGCUGGCAGCUUCCUGCCGCCCUCCCUCCCUGUGGGAGCAGAGCAGGCGGGGCAGCCACUCUCGGCCUUGUUGCUGUUGCUGACUUGAGAGCCAGUGGUUUCCUGGGGUAGUUUUGUUUUCUGCUUUCAUGUCUGUCUUUCCCCUCCUGCCCGCCCUCCCUCCCACCCACUCCCCUCCAGCACGGAGCAGCAGGGAUGUCAUCGGCAAACAAAGGACCAGCCGUCCUCCCGGUCCCUAAGCUCCAGGGUACCUGAAUCUUGUGAAAUGGCGAAUGAGUGGAGGCCUGAGGCCCUCUGGCACAGGAGCCUGGCCAGGGCUUGGGCAGAAAGCAGAGAAGACCCAGGAGGCCCUUUCACUUUCCAUCUCCUGCUUAGACAUGGAGGAUGAUGACAGCUUUUCUCUGGCCCAGGCAGGUACAGCAGGUGGCGACGCAGCAGCCCCGCAGCUGGCACUCCUUGUCAUGGUACUGGUGCCCGCAGGGCCUCCCUUGCUGGACCACAGGCAGCCAGGGUGUCUGUCAUCUUGCUGCACCUGGGACGAGGAGUAUGGUGGGAGGGAGGACUGACUUAUCAGACGCUGGUCUGAGCUGGGGCCAGAGCUGAGCCCCGGGCGUGUUAACUCGGAGGGGGAGUGCAGGAGCUCUGGCUCAGUCCAGCAGCCCCUCCCCGUCGCUUGCUGUGUGCCUUAAACGCCAGUCUCCAGCUCGCCUCCUUGGGCUCUGCAGAGCUUUCUGUCACUGCCCCCUGCCAGGACUGCGUUCCUGAGAGGCCCUCGGGGCACGGGGAGGGCGGAGGUGCUCCUGAGGCCCAGCAGCUUGCUUCCCUAGCGAAAGCGGCUUCGCGGGCAGGUACUCCUCCAUCCUCCUUGUUCAAAACCAUUCUUGCUGCUGAGGUUGACAAUCGGGGCAAGGUCUGCGGAGGUGCCACUGGAGCCCUGCCUGGCUCUGUGGCAGCCAAGCGAGGGGGGGGGGUGCUGGCCGGAGCCCAGAUGCGCUGCCCACCUGGGCCUGUUCUGCGUGAAUGAGCGCUCACUUCUCCUGGGCUUGGGUAAGCAAACACCAGGCUCUAACUGUGCUUGCUUAGCCCAGUUAAAGCAGAACAAAGGAAAACAGUAGAAGGCAACACCUGUUGAUAUAGAGUUUUUUAAACAACCCUGUCACUUUGAGUCCUUCAUGAGUUUUGGAGCAGCAUUUAUCAAGAAGAAAAUGGGGGCUGCUUUUUCCUCUUUUGUGUUUCGUUUGUCCUGUAGAGAGAGGGGUGGACCCCUGUGGACAUCAGGUAGGAUCCCCUCUGGCAGCGAUCCUGCUGGGGCUGGCCGGAGCCUGUCACUUUAUUAUUUAAAGCGUGUGUGUGUGUGUGUAUGUGUGUGUGCGUGUGGUCGCUGGUUUAUUAACAGUGUUGAUCAACACUGUGUGUGGGGUUGGGGUUUUGGUUUGUUUCCUCUUUAAGUCCCUUCAUUUCAUCAGUGCCUCCUGCUUCCCACCCUCGCCCAACUCUGGCGGAUGCACUGUGCACGCGGGAGGGCCGCUCUGCACGCAGGGCUCUCAGGCUGGAAAACUGAAAGUCCCCUCAUACUUGCGAGAGCCCCUGGGAGCCCCCCUGCAGCACAGGCCAACACUGCGCUGCAGCCUCAGAAACCCAGCCCGGUCCCCUGGGUCUGCAGUCGGGCUGUCGCAGCUCCAGCGGCCUUGGGCUCAGGCAUGAGCUGGCCGGGGAUCUCUUCCCAUGUGCUGAGUUUAGAACAGACCCUAUGUCCAUCCCUGGAGUGCCAUGUGGCUCCCUGUGUGGGGACAGGGAGGUACAACGUGUUUUUUACCUUACUGGCUGACAGGCGCCCCCACCCACCCCUCAGUGCUGCAGGCGUCCGGGACUAGGCUGCUUCCUGGGGACCAGGGAGUAUCCUGGGAGUUGGUCUUCGCAGACAGCCGUGAGCAAGACUCGGGUCCCUGUAGAGAAAGUCAGUUCUCACCCGUAGGUGUGGGCGGAGCCGGGUGGGGCAGGCAUGCACCUGUUGGCCUGAACCCCAGUUCUGAGGAGCGUCCCAUGCUCUGGCUGCCCACGACCACCCCAGUGUUCCAUUGUAAAAUAAAUCCCCCGACUAACCUGUUCAUGGCAUCUUCCUGCAGACAUUUCAAAUGUGUAACUUUUAUACAGAAAAAAAUAAACACGGACAAAAGCUGCCCA